AUGACCGGGUUGAAGAUUGACAUCGAUAUGUUGCCGAACGAUAGCGACGAAAACCUGCGUAUGCUUCACGAGGGCAUUCGUCUGGGUGAACUAACCGUGUCCGCGGAGGGUCUCACAACGUCUAUGGGACAAAAAUACGUCCUUUCACCAGAGGAUGUACUUGUCAACAAUACGAGUUUUUUAGGCCGUGGAAGCAGUGGUUCUGUCCGUCGGGCCACACACCGAAAAACUGGAAAAGAAAUUGCACUCAAGGAAAUAAAGUUCACAGGUCAAACCCGCAUGAUGGAGAUUCGACGUGAACUUGAAACCCUUCACCGUGGCGGCGGGCCGUCCCCAUAUUUGGUUGAUUUCUACGGCGCAUUUUGUCAUGAGGGCUCCGUUUUCAUUGCCAUGGAGUGUAUGGAUGGUAGUUUAGACGGUGUGGCAGGGUCUGUUCCUCCAAAAGUUUUAGAGUGUAUCACACGGAGUAUUCUUCGCGGUUUGUCUUAUCUUCACAAGGAUAGGCAUCUCAUUCACCGCGAUAUAAAACCCAGUAACAUCUUGUACAGCCGGGAUGGGAGCAUCAAAAUAUCAGACUUUGGAGCAAGUUCGUGUCUGGAGUGCACCCGCGGAAAUGCAUUUAGCUUCGUUGGAACACUUACCUAUAUGAGUCCUGAGCGUUUGAAAGGGGAACCGUAUUCUUUCCCGGCGGAUAUAUGGUCACUUGGUCUUGCUGUUGCUGAACUCGCCCUUGGCAAGUGCCCAUUCAUUGAUAGGCUUUCACGGGCUAAUGGUUCUACAGAGGGUUGCUUUUGGGUUCUACUGCAGCAUUUAAAUGGUGAUGGUCCUGUGAUUUCUCUUCCAUCAUCCAUGAAUGCUUCAAUGACGGAUUUCAUCACGACGUGCAUUCAAAGGGAACCGUCCAAGCGCCCGACGUGUGAUGAACUCCGGCGGCACCCUUUUGUUGCCGAAGGGGACGAGGAGAAUGACAAGAAUGUCAUCAAACAAUGGCUCUCCACCAUGCAACCGAAGUCUUCGUCACACGACAUAGCUGAUGUGGAUGGUGUAUGCCGAAUGCAGCAGGUGCCGUGUAGCAUGGGUGGUGCGGAUGAAUCAUCAUUCGAUCUCGACGAGGAACUAAAUAAGUUGGUGCAGUGA